AUGUAAUAUUAUUUAAUUUAAUACAACAUAUCAACCUCGUAUAACGCAAACGAGUUAUGGUGUCCUUGAUGUCGUCGCACUUUUUCUGUAAUCGUAACAUUGAUUAGAUUACACUUCGAGCUCGAAUACAUCACCAACGAUGGCAAGACGGCUCUUAACUUCUCCAUAUGUGAAAAACAAUUUGUAUUGCUCAACUGGAAGACUUCAACUAUUCCAACAGCGAACAAUGUCUACAGAAAAUGAUGUUCUAUUUGAAACAGUCAAAGAUAAAGGUAUUAUUACUUUAAAUCGCCCAAAAGCUUUGAAUGCCUUGAAUUUAUCAAUGACUCAGAAGUUGCUCCCAACACUGCAAAAAUGGGAGCAUGAUAAAACCCUUGUCCUGGUGAAAGGUGCAGGAGGAAAAGCAUUUUGUGCUGGGGAUGUUCGCGCUGUUACUGAAGCUGGUUUACGCGGGGAACGUUAUGGUAAUGAUUUCUUCAGGUGUGAGUACACUGUUAAUGGCACAAUAGGUACUUACAAAGUACCUUACAUUGCAUUUAUUGAUGGUAUUGUCAUGGGUGGAGGAGUGGGCCUCUCAGUUCAUGGUCACUACCGCGUGGCAACUGAACGCACGCUAUUUGCCAUGCCAGAAACACAAAUUGGUCUGUUUCCUGAUGUUGGUGGUUCAUAUUUCCUUCCCAGAUUGGGUGGAAAGUUAGGACUUUACCUGGCACUCACUGGUGUAAGACUCAAAGGUGCUGAUGUAUACAAAGCUGGUAUUGCUACUCAUUAUGUAAACAGCGAUUGUUUAGCGGACUUGGAAAGUGCGCUAAUGCAAUGUGCAAACGAGUCGGACAUCAAUCAAACCCUGAAAAAGUUCUCAGCACCGAGUGAUUCGGAGUUUGCAUUGAAGAAGGACAUGGAUAAAAUUAACGCAUGUUUCGCAGGCUCUACAAUGGAAGAAAUCUAUGCUAAUUUAGAAAAAGAUGGCUCACAAUGGGCUAAGGAUACUCAGAAACUGUUGUGUCAAAUGUCUCCAACAAGUUUGAAGAUUACUAUAAAGCAGUUGGAGAACGGAGCGAAAAUGAAUCUAUUGGAAUGUUUGGAGAUGGAAUAUCGUAUGGCGUCGCAUUGUUUAGCAAAUAAAGAUUUCUAUGAAGGUGUGCGUGCCCUUUUGAUCGACAAGGAUAAGUCGCCAAAGUGGAAUCCGGCCAGGAUCGAAGAUGUUAGUGAUGCCUUAGUAAAUAGCCACUUCGAAAAAUUGCCAGCUCACGAAGAGUUAAAACACAAAUUGUAAAAUAAUUUUGUAAUAAUUAAGCCUUCCAAUAUACAUGCAUAUUACUACUUUUGAA